AUUGGAUUCCCAUAUUCGUACGUCGACGACGAAUACAGCAAAAACAAAUAAAAACCCGAAGAAAGUCGCACACGAAGAACAACACGAAGAACAAAGAAGAAAGAAGAACAACAACACAUUAGUUGAACAAAGUCGAACAAAACCCUAAAAAUUUCAAUAAGCGAUUUUUGUGUGACCAAAACCACAAUUCAAUUUCAAUUUCUACCUUCUUUUUUUUAUUAUUGAUUGUUUUGGAAUUCUUCACCUCCAUUAAUUCUUCAUAUUUGAGCUCCCUCUCUCCUCUGCAAUCAACGAAUUAAAUGAAGACGUCUUUGAAGAAAUUGCUUCAUCAUCAUAAAAACAACAACAAGGAUAGAAAAAUUCAGCCUCUUGCUCAAUUGGAUGAACUUGCUAAAGCUUCUGAGGCCAUGCAAGACAUGCGGGACUGCUAUGAUAGCUUGCUCUCUGCUGCUGCAGCGGCAACAAAUAGUGCAUAUGAGUUCUCCGAAUCUUUACGUGAGAUGGGCGUUUGCCUUCUUCAGAAAAUUGCAUUGAAUGAUGAUGAAGAAUCUGGAAAAGCAAUGCUAAUGCUAGGUAAAGUGCAGUUUGAACUUCAGAAACUUGUUGAUAGCUAUCGUAAUCAUAUUUUUCAGACAAUCACAGUUCCAUCAGAGUCGCUUAUAAAUGAGCUUCACACUGUCGAGGAAAUGAAGUAUCAAUGUGACGAGAAAAGGGAGUUAUAUGAGUAUAUGAGAACAAAAUAUAGAGAAAAAGGUAGAUCUAAAAGUGGGAAGGGGGAGACUUUCUCAUUGCAGCAACUACAGGAAGCAAAAGAUGAAUUUGAUGAAGAAGCUACCUUAUUUGUCUUUCGUUUGAAGUCUUUAAAACAAGGGCAGUCCAGAAGCCUUUUAACUCAGGCAGCACGUCAUCAUGCUGCUCAGCUAUCUUUCUUCAGGAAGGCUCUUAAGUCUCUUGAAGCAGUUGAACCACAUGUGAAGUCGGUGACUCAAGAGCAACAUAUUGAUUACCAAUUUAUUAGCCUUGAAGAUGAUGAGUCGGAAGAUGUUGAAGAUGAUGAUUACAGUGAUGAAGAUGAUAGUAGUGGCACCUCUAGUGCGGAAGACGAAGAAGAAUCGAGAUUUGAUUGUCGACGUAACGAUCGGCAGCUCAGUUUUGCUUCUGCUGCAAGAUAUACUCUGCAGGGAAAUGUGAAAAAUAGCCAUGAAGAUUCUUUUGUAAAAGAUCGCAAGAUCCUCAGCCAAUCAGCCCCGCUGUUCCCUCAGCGAAAAUUUGAACCAGCAGAAAGGAUAAGACAAUUGCGACCAUCAUCAUCAAGAAAAAUCAAUUCUUAUGUUUUGCCUAAGCCAGGGGAUGUGAGUAGGAUCUCUGCUGGAUCUCAAAUUUCUGUUUCACAGACACAGACCAGGUCAAACCUGAAUAUGCAUUCUGAAAAUCUAUAUCAUUCAUACCCUCUGCAGCCAAACACAUAUGAAAAGCUUGUGGGAACUGAAACUUUGUCUGGGCCAAUCAUUCUGAACUCAAAAUCAGUAUUGAAAGAAAGCAAUAAUAACAAAAUGCCCCCACCUUUGACUGAGAGUAUUUCAAUGCAGCUGCUGAAACCUCAGACCACAUCUAGUAGCAAGAAACUCAAACUACAAUCCUUUUCUGGUCCUUUAGCUAGCAAGCCUUUGUUAACUAAGACCUUAUUCUCUACUGGAAAUCCUGUAAAUGCUUCUGGUGUACCGCCAUUUUCCUCUGGACCCAUUUUGAGGAGUUCCGUACAUCGAUCAUCAUCCCCCUCUAAGAUAUCUCCAACUGCCUCACCAACUUUUACCUCUCCAAGAAUAAGUGAGCUUCAUGAGCUCCCUAGACCUCCUGUGCACGUAAUUUAUGGGUCCGGCAAACCUUCAGGCGGUGUUGGAUUUUCUGCACCAUUGGCGUCAAGAAGUCCAGAGAUCACCACUACCAGUAAAUCAUCCAUGGCUAAGAAAUCAUCUCCACUACCAGCUCCUCCUCUGGUUGGUUACUUCUCCAUGCCCUUGAGCGUUGCAGGGACAGCGACAAAAUUUCCCCUUUCCAGGGCUUCGGAAACUUCCCCUGGUUCAGAGAAGUCGGAAGAUAACUUCUCACCUCCUGCGACACCAAUGAUGUUUGCGACUCGACUUUCCAACAUAAAUUGACAUGGACCAUCUUGUAGGCUUCUUCUACCAGAGGUCUUUCGUGUGGUUUGCACCCAUGUAGGAUCUAUCUGCUCGUAAGUUAGCUCCUAGAAGAUCACAAGAACAAGUCUGUACAGAUUUUGCUUGUUCUGUGACCAUAUUUAGUUUUGCACACAAGUCAGAUAUAUACGUGAAACGGCCAGUUUUGUUUCAAGAGUAUAGGUUAAACGGCACAAAACCAUUGGAGAUGAUCUGCUCUUCUUCAAUAUAUGAUAAAGGUUUCAUCCGGUAGAAAAUGUGCAGAAAGUUCUGCCUUCUGGUACUUGCUGAGGUUAGGCCUAUUGUAUAUUUUGCAGUUAAUUUUAGAUAUCAUAUUUAUUUGUUCAUAUCAAUUUUUUUGUAAUAGAGAGGAGAUAAAAGCUUAUUAAGAUAAAUAUAGUAGUUGUAAUACAGCAGUUGUUUCACCAUAAUAAUAGAUCACUGCAUUAAAUCUUAAUCAAAGUACUUUGUCAAUGUCA